GUUCUGCUUCUUUGGCGCCUUUCAAUAGACGCGCCAAUAUUCGUUCCAUGAAGUGGAGGGACUGCUUCACCAUCUGCACUAGAAUGGACUCUCGCGGACGUUACACCUUCAAGCCUGCCCUGCGAUGGAACCCGCGCGUUGAAGAGUACCUCGCUGGCGCCUACGGGAGCGACCAUUUCGCCAGGAUCUCUGAUGCACUAACCCGCCCUUCUUCUUAUUCCUGUGUGCGGGUGAACACACUUAGAUCCAGAUGCGAAUCUGUCAUUGAGAGUCUGACAUUAUUGCUGCAAAGAACGGGGUCUGCGCAGAAUAGUGAUCACGGAAAUGGGAAAGAGGCUGCUGGUAAAGUCGGUGUGAAAGAAAAUUGUGAAGCUGUUGGUAAGCAGAUGCAGAAUAGGUUGCUGUUGGGAUCAUGUGGCGAUAGGGUCACUGAUUGCACAAGUUCAGGGAUGCCGUACAUAUAUCAGUGCACAGUGCCUGGAUUAGAAAAUGUUGUCAUCGUUGAGGGCUCAGGACCACAUGAGAUAGAUUAUGGUGUUGAGGAUGGCAGGCCUCCCAAGGAGGUGGUCGUCAGUCGGAAGUGUGCUGAGGCAGUUCUUCGAGGAGCUCAUGUUUAUGUUCCUGGAGUGAUGGCUUGCAGCUCACAUGUUGAGAAAGGAGAUGCAGUUGCAGUUUCAGUUGCCGUGGAGCAGCAUAUUCCUGGUAGUGGCUUUGGUGUGGGAAUGACACGUGGAACUGUUUUACAAGGGCUUACAACAGAUCCACAUUACGACGAAAGAUAUGGACUCUACAUUGGCCAAGGCGUAGCUUUAAUGUCAAGGGCUGGUAUUUUUAGGGCGGCUGAAGGGGUUGCUGUGGAUGUGACAAAUAGAGUUUUCCAACUUCCCUCAUUCUAUGAUGUCCUUGAGGGAGAUAUAUUUCUUCAAAAUCUACCCAGCAUUGUCACUGCUCGUGUGCUAGAUCCUCAACAAGGAGAGCAGAUACUGGACAUGUGUGCUGCUCCUGGUGGCAAGACGACUGCUAUUGGCAUACUUAUGAAAGACAAAGGAGAGCUGGUUGCAGUUGAUAGAUCUCAUAAUAAGGUUCAGGAGAUUCGCAACUUGGCUGCAGAGAUGGGCUUAACCUGUAUAACUGCUUAUAAGCUCGAUGCCCUUAAAGCUGUUUGCCGUACACAGACAUCUGUUGAUCAUGAAACUGCUGACGGCAGACUUCCUGAACUUGGCACAGAAGGAAAAAAUAUUGAUGAGCAACAAAGGAUUGAUAUGGGUUUGACUUGUAAUGAAGCCGAAUCCAAAAAGGGUACUUACACCAGUAAAGCUGAAGCACGAAAGCACCUCAGAAGGUUGAGAAAUGGGCCGGGGAGAAAUCACUGCAAGGGUGGCAGGGUUGAAGUAUCUAAAGGAUUUAGUCCGAAUAGCUUUGAUCGUGUUCUUCUUGAUGCUCCAUGUUCUGCUCUGGGUUUGCGCCCUCGUCUUUUUGCUGGAGAAGAGACUCUUGAAUCACUAAGAAACCAUGGGAAGUACCAAAGACGGAUGUUUGACCAAGCCGUUCAGCUGGUUCGGCCUGGUGGAGUUAUUGUCUACUCAACGUGUACAAUCAACCCUGGAGAGAAUGAGGCAGUCGUACGUUAUGCUCUGGAUACAUACAAUUUUCUUUCCCUUAUGCCACAGGAGCCAUAUAUUGGGGGGCCAGGUAUUGUUGGUCGGAGUGAACUAUUAGAUGGGGAACAUCUUGAGGAAUGGCUUCGACCUGGUGAAGAAACGUUGGUUCAGAGAUUUGAUCCAUCCUCCCCACUUGACACUAUAGGCUUCUUCAUUGCCAAGUUCCAUGUGGGACAGAAGGAGACCUGACCACAAUUUUGUGAGGAAAAGACCAAGCCUGUCUGCUUCCAUGGUUUACGUUUCCUCAAGUAUACAUAUAGCUUUCGGAUGGAGGUGCAAUCAUCCCUGCAUCUUCUUGGCAUUUUGAUGCCUCUUGCAUUAAUUUCUUCUAUAGUUAUUCUUGAUGUUUCUUUGUAAUUUUGAUAUACUGAACCACACAGAAAGCUCCGAUGGCAUCUAGUCCAAAACCCCAAGCUUUCUCUGCUUGACAAUUCUAUCAAAGUUUUUGGCCGUUUUUAUGCUGUUAGCAGGUUUGAACACGCCAAGGUUGCCCAUAAUCCAA